AUGGAAGGAGGGCUCGCACAGGUUGUACAACUUGGUGAGAAACCGACGUGGUUGAGCAUGGCAUUUUGGUUCUGUGACGAAGGAAAGCCAAAUUGCCUUCGAUGUACCGCCAGUGGUAGGAUAUGUGGUGGCUACGAUCUUGGAGUCCGUUUCAUUGACAGUCAAGGGGUGCUUCGAGCCAAGCGCAAGAGACGUGUUACUACUACAUCCAUCAUAUCAAUACGGCCGCUAUCCCUCGGUAUUGAAGGCUCUGAUGCAGAAAGACAAUUCUUCUUCAGUUGUAGACGCGCGACCGAGGCUGGUGUUGCCAUGCACUUGUGCAGCGUCUCAUCAUUCUGGACCAAACUGGCGCCUCAACUCGGUCACUUUGAUGCAGCCGUAAAGCAUUCCUUGGUCGCUCUAGGUGCCACAUAUCAUCUCAAGAAGAUGAAAACAGGAGUGAGCGGCCAAAAGAAUGCUUCUUCAGUCACAGCCGACAAGUUGGAGCUCUUUGCCAUGAGGCAAUACAACCGAGCCAUCGAAAACGUCUAUGGUCAUCUUGACAAAAAGAAUCCCAAAAGUAUUGCUUUAGUGCUGGUAUGCUGUCUAAUAUUUGUUUCCCUGGAACUUCUGCGACAAAAUAACCGUGCUGCAAUAGCGCAUUUGCGGAAUGGCAUACAAAUUAUCAUCUCAGCUUUGGAUAUUGAUCUUCUGAGCGAUUCGUCCAGUACACCUUGGACCAAAGACAUGGUCUUAUCAAAUAGCGACUUAUGGGAUAUUAUCACUCAAUUUCGCAAUAUCGAGUUUGCAUGGAAUGUGUUUUCGAACGACGUCUCCCUCACGCUGGGGCUACACCUCCGAAGGGUUUUGGGUGCUCAACCUAAACCCGGUGCAUUUAAACCCAAGUCAAUUACGAGCGUAAACGACGGGUACAAGGCAAGGACGGAAUUUAUGAAUGCUGUUACAGCUCGAUAUUCGGAGCUGCAGAAGCAUCAGGGCGAUGAAGUCUUCUGGGCUCAACCGAAAAUGCAGCAGGAGCUGUACUCUCUCCGAACUUGGGGCGGAAAGAUCAUGUCUGCAAUUGAAGCACUCUGGACUAGCCCUCAAGCCCCAGUGAUUGGAACAUGGAGUUCCUAUAGUAGUCAGGUCGACUGGCUUCUCAUCAGCAGUGGGCGAACAUUAGUCGAGAUGAUACCAUUCGGUGUCAAUGCCCACACGAAAGUUGCGGGAAACAUGGACAUUCAGAAUGACGUUACGAGGGGCGUAUCUCUUGCGGCCAAAAUGCACCUGGAACAUGCUGCAACAGGACGACCUCCGUCAGAGUUUAGCCUUGAAAUUGGGUUGGUCGCCGUUAUGUAUUGGGCUUGGGUGUUUAGCACCCGGGCUGAGACGAAAGAAGCAGCCAUGAGGAUUCUUCAAGAUUUGGAUAAGAUGGAAGGGCCGUGGGAUGCCAAACAGAUAUUAACGUCCCUUCCGGGCAUGGUGAAGCCGCGGCUACUGGUCAUAUAA